UCAUAUAGCGACAUCUGUAUGAUAGAAACCCUUUUCAGAAAUACAUAGGGAAGUGCGAUCAUUUCAUUGAUUGUAAUUUGAGCAAAAUGGUAAGAUUUUGGUUAUGUUACAAAAUCUAAAGAUUUGUUUGACAUCCUAAUAAUUACAUAUAAAUAAUUGUUAGAAAAUUUCAUUUAAAAUGUAUAUAAAUUGUAUAAUCUAUUUCAGUCGGCUCAUAAAACGUUUAUUAUUAAGCGAAAGCUUGCCAAAAAAUUGAAGCAAAACAGACCGAUUCCACAGUGGGUCAGAAUGCGUACUGGCAAUACUAUCAGAUAUAACGCAAAACGGCGUCAUUGGAGAAGAACCAAGUUGAAGUUGUAAAAUAUAUUUGACAUGUAUUUGUCUUCUUUAUUAUUACACAUUCAUUACUUACUCUUAAAUAAAUUCUAACUUCAACACAAAUUUGUUUGGAGAAAUGAUAAAACCUAUUCUGAAUCUUGAUUAAAAUAAUAAUUUGAAAAAACAGUGUAACAAUUUGUAUAACAGUGUAUAAUUAUUUAUUUAGAUAUAAUUAUAUGCAUGUAUUACAGUGAAUUAUAUAUUUUGCGGUUACGCAUUUCUUCUAUCCAUUCUUGCAACCAUUCUUCGCCAGUUUUCGGUGCUGGUUGAUAAUAAUGUUUUGGUGGUUUUCCUUCUUCUAAACGUACAAAGUAAUGACAAUAUCUAUAAUGUACUAUUCCAAAUCUUCCUCUAGCAUGACGUCGUAGUCCUUUAUAUACAAAAGCUUUUGUUGCAAGAGAUUCAGCAACCCAUAAAUUACUUUUGAAUUCAAUAUUAUGUUCCUCUACAGCCAUGCGUUGUGCCUCUAAGAUAGCAUCUUUUGCUAUUGCUGCACCUUUCUUUUUUAAAAAGCUCAAUUGUUUAAUAGCUUCAUCUACACUCAUGCCUCGAACAAAACAAGCGACAUACCACAUUUUUAAUGGACUAUAUUUUAUGUUCUUUUUUACAUGACAGACAUACUCUGGUCUUUUUGGUUCAUCUGGCUUUUGUGGAGGAAAAAUAACUUUAUUAUAUUUAAGGAAUCCUUUAUCAUCAUCUUCGUCAGGCUCUUUAAACCAAUUGAACGAUCUUUGUUGUAUACUAGGUAAACAAUUUGAGUUAUUUGUGUUAAAUAUUUUGUUUGAUAUAAAUCGUUGUGCAUACUGUCUUAUGCCCAACAUUUUCUAUAAAAAUUAGAAAAUAGUUUAAUUAAAUAUGUACAUCUAACAAUAAUAAUGUUCAAUUAAUGUUUUACUGUAUAAUAUUAAUUUACAGUAAAUAAAUUUCAGAUAUUGUAUUGUGAAAACACAUUGAUUCAGAAGAAACUAGAGAUGCUACUUUGACAGUAAUGUUUUAACCUGAUGUAUACAGUCAGAAUUUAUUUUUUUCACAAAUUCUUAUUGUUAUUGUUUUUUAUGCAAAUAAAAAAUUAUUCAUCAUAAAAUAAUUAUUUUUUAUCAUAUAAAAAAACAAUUGUGUAAUUCGCAAAAAUGUAAUAUUAGAUCUCAAAAAAACAAUAUUGAAUGUGUUUUUAUAUUAUUUCUUUUAAUAAGUCGUUUUAUGUUAUUGAUAACAAAAUUCUUUUCUAUUAUAAAAAUUUUAGUUAUUUGAUGGCAGUAACGUUCUGAUUGGUUGGUUACAGAGUUAAAUCACUCGUGAAUAUAAAUAGUAAUUAGAGUAUCGUAAGUUAUAAGUAGCGCUUGUAGUACGUGUCGUCGCUCAUACGACACGUAGUAGAAAGCUCUGCUUUGUAGUGUGUUCAUGACGCAACUUAUUAAAUUGCUAUGGCGGAGAAUUAGUGUGAUUAAAUUUAUUUAUUAUUCUGCUCCGUCAUUGUGUUUAAAAUAAAGUUCAAUUCGAUCUUUGAGAAAAAUCAUGGAUAGUAAUAAGGAUGAGGCCGAACGAUGCAUGGAACUUGCUGAACGAUAUUUGCGGGAAAAAAGAUACGAGGAAGCGGAGAAAUUUUUACGUAAAGCACAAAAACUUUAUCCAACGAAAAAAGCAGAAGAUGUCUUAGCAAAAGUGUCAAAACAAAAUCAAAACCCUGAAUCUGAACCUAUAGUUAGAAAGCGUCGAAUCACACCUAAAGAAACCACACAUACUCAAGCUUGUAAUGAUUAUACAAAGGAACAACUUGAACAUAUUAAAAGAAUUAAGAAAUGCAAAGAUUAUUAUGAAAUUUUGGGUGUAAACAAAGAUGCAACUGACAGUGAUAUUAAAAAGGCAUAUAAAAAAUUAGCUCUUCAGUUACAUCCAGAUAAAAAUAAAGCACCAGGUGCUGCUGAAGCCUUUAAAGCCAUUGGAAAUGCUGUUGCUAUACUCACUGAUGUGGAGAAAAGAAAGCAGUAUGACAUGUAUGGUUCUGAGGAAGAAAGAAUGCAAAGUACUCAAGCUCAUCAAAAUCAUUCACAUUAUAAUUAUACAAGAGGAUUUGAAACUGAUAUAACAGCAGAAGAAUUAUUUAGUAUGUUCUUUGGAGGUGGAUUCCCACAGCAAGAGUUUUAUAUGAGACGUCCUAGAAGAUGGGCAAGACAACAGGACGCACAAGCUCAGCAUGUUUACUCUCAGCAAGCAAAUGGAUAUACCACAUUCCUUCAAAUGUUGCCUGUGCUAUUAUUAAUAUUGUUAACUAUGAUGAGCAGUUUCUUUAUAUCAGAUCCUGUAUAUAGCUUGCAUUCUAACACAAAAUAUUCUGUACCGAGAACAACUCAAGGAUUAAAGGUGCCCUAUUAUGUGAAAGAAAACUUUCAUACUGAAUAUCAAGGCAGUUUACGUAGAUUAGAAAUUUCUGUUGAAGAAGAGUACCUGAAUAAUUUGAGACAUGCCUGUUUUAGAGAGAAAAGUUAUAGAGAAACAAUGAUGUGGAAAGCAAGAAACUUUGGAGAUCAAGAACUAUUUAUCAAAGCUAAAAAUAUUGAAAUGCCCUCAUGCAAGAGGAUACAAGAAUUGCAAGGAACAUAGCUAUGUUAUUGAAUAGAAUUUGUUGUAGAUAGGUGUAUAUUGUAUUUACAUGUGUGUAGUUACUAUUGGAUGAAAUGAAGAAUAUCAAGCAUAAUACAUAUGCAAAUACAUAUUGUAUAUCUUUGCAUCAAAAUUUGUAAAUGAUAUUCUUCUCGAUCCAUCAUGAACUUUUACAUAGACCAUUUAAGCUGUUUAUUCCAAAUUGUAAAUCAAUACAGGAUUGAUUAUAGUAGCGUGUAUGACAAAUUCUAAUAUACGAUAUAAAUGUCAUAUUUAAUUUAAUUACUCUGCGAUAUUUCAAAUUCAUUAGACUGAUUCAUUGUAAUUAUAUAUUAAUUUUCAUACACAGAAUUAUUUCAUACACAGAAUUAUUUAGUUCUAGAAUUAUUUAUAUUCCAUUAUUAUAACACAAGAAGAAACAGCUGAGUGGUAUUGUUAGUGGAAAACAUUAAUUUUGAAGAUUUUGAAGUAUUUACAAUUAUUUAUAAAGACCGAUAAUAUUUGAUUGUUAAUAGUCUAUUUCAAAUCUUGCCGUAUUGUUUAUUGGUAAUAAUAAUAGAAUCAUUACAUUGAAAGUUGCUCGAUGUUGGUGAUAAAUGAUGUCGAUGAUUUUGAUAAACAAUAUUAUUGCAAUAUUAAAACUGCUUAUACAUGAAAAGGAUCUAGGUAACGAAAAUUUAGAGAACUCGUUAAAUUAUAUGAAAAUGAAAAAAUAUAAAUUAUAUAAUGUAUGCUAAGAUUAUUAAUGUUAGGAGAAAAUUAAUAAAAUUUAAUAUUAAUGUUGCAUGCAUUUGUUUUAGACAAGAAAAAAAAAACAUGAAAAAAAGGCAAAAAUUAACUUUAAUAUUCAAGAAAGCACAUCCAGUUUAUAAGGCCUAAGUUAUAUUUGCGAUAAUACCGAAAUUCAUAUGAACCAUCUCAUUUUUUGCAUAAAGAAGCAAUUCAAUUCACAGUAUUAAAUCAUGUUGACGAUUAUUAUGAUAUAGAGAAUUAUUAAUAUUAAAAAUUCCAUUGAUGCAAUAUUAUAUUGAGUACAUUCCUUCUGUUAUUAUAAGAAAUGCACUAUACAUUGCAAACAACCAAAGAGAACCCAGUAGUUGUGACAUAUUAUUCGUACAUUAAUCUUUAUUUGUAAAAUUAAUGUAAUUCUAAAGACAAGAAUACAUUAGCAGCAAUACAUGAAUUUAUUGUCACUCAUGAUAAAUUAUAAAAAAUGAGUUUGAUUGAGCUGCAGUCAUGGAACCACGCACGUUAUCGCGUUGUAAAUUUUUACACGGGCAGAAAACUGAAAAAGAAGGAAUUUGUAACAAGCUAAUCAAGUGGCCUUUUGUCAUUUAUAAAUUAUAAUGUACACGGAUAACAGGAGAUAAAUGACCAAUAUAUUCGUCUUGAGGAAAAAAUUUCUUUGUGUGAGUUGACAGUUUUUCAAUAUUAAUUGUUACCUUUGUAAAUGAUCCAAAAAUGACAUUUACGCUAGUCAGUUCACCGAACUGCACAUAUCACGUUUGUUUUACGAUUGAUCAGCUCUUAUAACGGUACUUAUUAAUGGCACUUAUUUAUCUGAA